GCACAGUGAGUUUCUCUCGGCCGUCGGAGGCGGAUUCGGACGCGCACCUACCACGCACAGUUACAUUAAAAAAUAUAUAAGAAAUUAUUCGAAGUAAAUCGGUGCGGACGUAGAGCGAAGUAUAUAACAUAAGGCAAAGGUUGUAAGGUAGACCGAGGCAGACGGCGGUGGACAGCAUGGAGGAGGAGGCGGGAGUGGCGAUGUCGUGGCGCGGGUCGGGCGGCAAGGCGGGCGGCUGGCGGCGGCUGGCGCGGCGCCGCGUGCCGCUGCUGCGCUGGCUGCCGAGCUACGACCGCGUGUCGGCGCUGGCGGACCUGGUGGCCGGCAUCACGCUGGGGCUCACGCUGGUGCCGCAGAGCAUCGCCUAUGCUUCGCUCGCCAACCUGCCCGUGCAGUACGGACUCUACUCCUCGUUCGUCGGGACGAUGCUGUACGUAGUGCUGGGCACCGUGAAGGAGGUGUCCAUCGGGCCCACCAGCCUCAUGGCGCUGUUCACGCUGCAGAUCUGCCGCGGCCUGCCCGUGGAGUUCGUCGUGCUGCUCACCUUCCUGUCGGGCUGCGUCGUGCUCAUCAUGGGGCUGCUGCGGCUGGGUUUCCUGGUGGAGCUGAUAUCUCCGUCAGUGACGAGCGGGUUCACGUCGGCCACGGCCAUCAUCAUCGUGGCUGCGCAGCUCAAGGGGUUGCUGGGAUUGAGCUUCACAGCCGAGUCCGUCGGCGACAACAUUCGGCUCAUCGUCACCAAGUGGGACGACGUGCGCUACGCGGACUGCGCGCUGGGCGCCGUCUGCUGCACCGUGCUGCUUCUGCUGCGGAAGCUGAAGGACGUGCGCGUGCGCAGCCCCCGCGUGGCGCGCGCGCUGUGGCUGGUGUCCAUCAGUCGCAACGCGCUGGUGGUGCUGGCCGCGUCGUCGUUCGCGUACCUCACGCACCACCCCAACCAGCCGCUGUUCAAGCUGUCCGGCCGCGUGGAGCCGGGCCUGCCGCGGCUGUCGGCGCCGCCCUUCAGCGCCUCCGUGGACAACAGCACGGUGCACUUCGUGGACAUGGUGCAGCAGCUGGGCUCCGGCGUGAUCAUGUUGCCCAUCGUCAUGGUGCUCGCCAACAUCGCCAUCGCUAAGGCUUUCUGCGCGGGCGGGCGCGUGGACGCGACGCAGGAGAUGGUGACGCUGGGGCUGUGCAACAUGGCGGGCGCGCUGGUGCACGCCAUGCCCACGUGCGGCGCCUUCACGCGCUCCGCCGUCUCGCACUCCAGCGGCGUGCGCACGCCCGCCGCCGGCCUCUACUCCGGCAUCAUUACGCUGCUGGCUCUGAUAUUCCUCACGAAGUACUUCUACUUCAUCCCGAAGGCGUGUCUCUCGUCCGUACUCAUCUGUGCGGUCAUAUUUAUGGUGGACGUGCGGUCGGUGGCGCGGCUGUGGCGGCGCGACCGGCGCGAGCUGGCCGUGCUGGCGCUGACGUUCGGCGUGAGCAUCGUGCGCACCGUGGAGCUGGCCGUGCUCGCCGGCGCCGUCGCCUCGCUCGCCGUGCUGCUGCGCCAGCUCAUGCGGCCCCCGAUACACAUACACUCCAUCAAGACGGCGCAGGGCGAGGCGGUGCGGGUGCGGCCGGCGCAGGGGCUGGUCUACGUCAACGGCGAGCUGGUGGCGCGCCGCCUGCUGGCCGCCGCCGCGCGCGCCGCGCCGCGACCCACCUUGCUCGACUGCGCGCAUCUCGCCAUGCUGGACUACGCCGCCAUGCAGGUGUUGGAGCGACUCAUAAAGAAGUUGAAGGCGGACGAACAGCUACUGAUCAUGUACAACGUGCCCGAGGACCUGGUGGCCAAGUACGAGUUACUGGAGGGAGUUGAACGUCGCGGGCUACGCGCCACGACCGCGGCGGAUGCGCUGGCCAGCGUCGUGGGGGCGCCGGCGCCCGCGCAGCUCCCGGCGGGGGAGGACAGCGCUACGUUACUGGCGCCCGACGAGCCCGAGGCGGACGUGCUGCAGCCCUAGCUGUGUCGCGGCGGCGCCCGGCGGCCGCGGCUGGCGUUUGGUUUACGGUUGUCUGACAAAGGACUAAUGCUUAAAAAUGUAUGAACCCCGUCCUCACCCUCUUCAUAACGUUUUAAGAGUCAUGUCCCUGGAAACGCCUCAGCCAUCUUGCCAUUUUAUUGUGUGACAACAAAACUGAAACUUCUGCCCGAAAAAAUUAGGUACAACAAGCAUAGGUAUACUAAGAGUGUAUAUUACAGUCGUAAUUAAUUAUUAUUAUAUUUCUGUAUAGUGUUCUUUUUAAGGUAAUAUCAUGACUGUCUUGUGAUUCGAGUUUCCAGAAUCGCAACUGCCGAGCAAAAUUUCGCGUUCAUUUUCGGGGUCGGAAAAAAUGAUAAAUGCAUGGAACGUCGAAAUGUUUUUUUAUGUUACUUAACUAACAACAUGCGGAGUUGACGGUUUCCCGUCGCAGGAUAUGCUCAGAUCUCGGAACCGAAUUUGAGUCUGUUUGCUCCGUAGGUGCAAUCCUAAGUUGCAAGUAACCUAAUUGACCUAAUAGGCCAUUGCAGUUGUACUCGUAAUAUUUUUAGGAUUAAUUAUGCCGAAACAAUGCCAAAACGUUACAUGUGCACUGCAUCUAUUAACAGUAGGUAUCUUUACUUCGAUGUGACUUGUUUCUGUUCUGUCAGAGUUUUAAAUAAAAUUGUAAGGUGGCUGAGGCCAUUCGACUGGCGUUAGGUCUCAAAAUGCUACAAGAGUGAGGGCAUUUUCAGCAUUGUUUUAGUGAUAAUAUAGUAAACGCAUCAAUGAGGAGUACUCACUGUCGGCUAUCUUUUAUUCAGCAACAAGUGCUGACACGCCGGAAUUGCAUUUCAAUUUGAACCACUCAGGUAGUUGAACAGGAUGGUGGCGGUACGUCUAGCACCAUCAUUCCGAUCACUAUAGUGAUCGAUGAUUACACGUUCAUGCUAGCGCCAUCUGUUGAGAAAAAAACGUUAACCCCUGGUUAAACUGUGGUUCCUUAGAUUCACUCGUUGAAACAAACUCUUGUCGAAGCAACAGUUGUAUUGUAUGUUAUAUGAUUGCUAAUUCCAUACAUGAUUCGGAACUAAAUACAUCGUCCGUACUACUAAAGCUCGUGGUGGCGGGGGCCUAAUACAGAGGCUGGAGACGUGACUCAAACUGCGCAGUGUUGCCAGCUCGCGGGUACGUCGUGCAAGUUACCGUACGACUACUAGGUUUAAGGUUGACUAGUCCUACUUAUAUAAUAAUAACAAUAACUUUAACUAGAUAUUAUUAUUGUAAUUUAAUUAAUUAAAGUACGAUUAC